UUUGUCAUUUUAAUUGUGUGGAGAAAUUUGUCUGUUGGAUUUCAUUUUAAUUUUUUGUGGGCUUUGUUUAUGUUUGACGGGGUGCUAUGAUGUGUGCUAAUUGAAGUUUAAUGGGACUCGAGAUAUAUAGUUUUAACUGCAAUAAAAUAGCAGUAUAGGAAAUGCUGCGGAGAUACCAGCGCAAAAGAAAAUAAAAUAUUAACAAAUAGUGUUUGAUGAAACGCCAGAGUGAAGGACAACAGUGAUUAUAGUCCGUUGUUGAGUAGCUUUUUGAAAUUGAUUAUAGAUAUUUGAAAGACGGUUUGGAUGGAGGGCGAGGAGGAUCUAGUGAAGAAGGAACGCGUGGUGGAAGCGCGAGCUAGAAACAUAAGUCACAAUGUGAGGUGCACAGAGUGUGGCAGUCAGUCCAUUGAAGACUCCCAAGCUUACAUUGCCAUUCUCCUUCGUAAGUUAAUACGGGAUGACAUUCGCGAUGGGAGAUCUGAUAAAGAGAUCUACAAGAGGCUCGGGGAAGAAUAUGGUGAGACAGUGCUUUAUGAACCGAAAUUUGAUUUGCAGACAGCUGGUCUAUGGUUAUCACCGCUUUUAGUUGCAGGUGUCGCUGGAGGAAUGUGGGCAUACAGAAAGCACAGGCAAAAGACUAAUGUGCACAUUAUGGCUUUAAACCUCGUUAGAGGAGUCCCAUUAACCCCGAGGGAGAAGGAAACAAUGUUAGAGGUCCUCACACCGCCGCCUCCUGAAGGAGCUUCGUUUUGGUGGAGAAGAUGGCUUCGUUGAUGAUUCCAGAAUAUAUUUUGCCUGUUUCCCUAUUUAUUUGGGUCAUGAUAAUUGAAUAUCUAGUUUAUCCGAUCAUAGGAUUUGAAGAUACCAGCCCAGGUCGGAGUUUCAUUUCGUCUUGGUGAAAACUCUGUUUGUAUGCAACCUUAAAAUGAACAACACUUUGUGAUUUGCAAUAAAUUAUUUUGGUUGUGCAUGGACUCUAUUAGAGUUCAAGCUAGUCA